CUGCUUCUUCUGCUUCUUCUGCUCCUUCUUCUUCUUCUUGGCCUACGUGUUUUACACUUUUCCCUUGCGUUCAUGAUUUUUGAGCCUCCGUCGGCAAGGGAUUUUGCUAAACGAAGGGAAAUAAGCACGGUUGAAUUUCUUAACCGGAAGUGUCAAUAAUUGCUCCCCUUUUUGUUGUUGCUUGGGACGCCAUUCUUUUUCACGGAAGAAAGUUUCCAAAACAGAUUGAUGGAGAGGGCAUCUAAUGACCAAAUAUGAUGUGAAUGUGAAAGGUCAUGAUUCAAAUUCUUUUAGUCACAUUUUGAAGAAAAUCAAGUUGUGAUGGGCGCUGGAGCCACAAAGGGCCCAACAGCCGUUGGCGCACCAGUUAAUCCGAGAGUGCAAUAUUCCCGCAAGCUAGAAAAGCAAGAACAAAAGAAAGUACUUGUGGAUGCCCCUGUCCUGGUGGACGUUGAGCAUGGCUCUGUGCGCUACAGGCAACCUCAGACAGAGCAGCCUCCUGUGAAAAGUCUCAAAGGAAAAGAGUGUCCAUAUGAGAAUGAGAAGGGGAAGGAACUUGACAACAAGGAACACUAUUUUUAUCAUACAAGGCUGAACAAAUAUGGACCAGAGUCGUCCAAGGCAGAGGAGGAUGCCUUUAAGUUUUACUAUGUACUGAAAGGCCCUGCAGCAGCUCAACACAAGAAACUUUUCUACAUAUACGGCCAAGGCUGGGAGGCACAAGAUGGGCUGAAAGUCAAACCCACAGAAACUGUUGGGGUCGGCAAAGAUUAUGCAUGGUCCAGCUCUCGAAAUCCAAAUUCUCUCUACUACGCACUGCAGUUUGAUGGUCAAGUGGAAACUGAAAAUUCUGAGGAAGAUAAGAUUUUGUCUGAUCUAGAAUCCUCCCCUGACAAGUCCAGCAUCCAGCUUACUGUCAGCUCUGAAGACCGAAUGGCUACAGUGAAGGCGAGAAUGUCUGUGAAGCUGCUUAAGUCAACUAAAGACAUCCACAUUGCAUAUGAGAAUAAAGAGUUACGAGAUGAGGAUGUCAUCGGAGGUCUGCACCCCAAGACUGAUGAAGACACAGGAGAAGAGCCUAAAGACUUCAGAAUUAGUCUGACUUUGGUGUGAGAGACUUGCACAGAAAAGAAAACAGCCCCUUUGGUACCGAGGCAGGCAGUUCUUAGGGAGGAUUUUUUUUCAAACAUCUGUUACAGGAUGGAGUUUUUUGUUUUAGUGUAGUAAAAUCCUGUUAUAAUGAGAG